CAAUGGAGGGAUUGGCAGAGAGGGAUGGAGGACACUGAAUGGAGGCCAAUAGAGGGAUUGGCAGAGAGGGGUGGAGGACACUGAGUGGUGGCCAGUGGAGGGAUUGGCAGAGAAGGAUGGAGGACACUGAAUGGAGGCCAGUGGAGGGAUUGGCAGAGAGGGGUGGAUGACACUGAAUGGAGGCCAGUGGAGGGGUUGGUAGAGAGGGAUGGAGGACACUGAAUGGAGGCCAGUGGAGGGAUUGGCAGAGAGGGGUGGAGAACACUGAGUGGAGGCCAGUGGAGGGAUUGGCAGAGAGGGGUGGAGGACACUGAGUGGAGGCCAGUGGA